GUCGACACAUGUAGUUUCGAUGAAAAUCAUUGACGAACGUAAGUUAUGAGUUGGCUUGAUGUCAGUGCAACUAUCAGGAGAGCCAGUAGUUGCGAAAACAAAGUCCACAUGCUCUUUCAUUCGGUCGUGCGAUAGCGAUUUUUUUGAUAGAGAGGAUUGCCACGACGAAGCCUGCAGUGUCGCACGCGACUUCCUCACGCUGGCAAAGCUUCUACGGAAGUGGUACUAGAGUCGGAGUUUUUAGUUUGAAGAUCACCAGGAUCAUUUCAAGAUGAACAACCAGCCAAGCACUUCCCGGCCUUCGACCAGGCCUUCUGGAGGAACAUCUUUCCACAAUUCAACUGGCAACCCGGCGGACGUGCUGGAGCAGCACCGGGCGUUCAAGGAGAAGCUGCGGAGCUCGGACUACGCGGACAUUUUCAAAUCCCGCGGGAUCGCGUUGUCGCCAAAGAAGGAGCGGGUGCCCGCGGCCUUUUCCAUCACCAACAAAUCGAAACUUCUCGCAGGCGGGGCCGCGUUGAGGAUGGCUAGUAGCACUACGGGGGAGAAGAUGAAGAGCAGCGGUAGGUGUACAAAUGCACCUGUUAGGACGACGAGAGCAGAGCAAGUAGACCCAGAGCAGGAAGAACCUGCCAUGGAUAAUUCCAAUCCAGCGUUUGUUUUCACCACUGCCAAGGUGGCGUCAGACUGCGCAGUCUCGUCGCGACCACUAUGUGAGUGCACAAGUCCCCCUCCCCCUCGUUUGUCAUGCAAAAUACCCUAUCCACCCAUUGCCCCUUGGCACUGUUUGCAUGACAAGUUCUGGCAGCCCCAAUAGAACUACACUCCAGUGCAAAUUUGUCAUGCAAAACCGGCAUCCUUGCUGAUGCCUGUAUUGCUGUUCAUGCAAUACAAAUGAGGGGGAGGGGGAGUUGUGCACUCUCAUAACCACGUGCGGACGACCAGAAGCCGCCGCAUGUAAACGUGACCGUUGUCCCGGCCGCUGGGAACAAACGGGCGAGUCCAGUGUCAUCUUCGAGUUCAACUACAUCUUCGACGGGAGGGAAUAUUAAGGCUGGGUCAUUCGCAACUUCUUCGAGCUCAUCUUCAUCCAGUGCAGCAGCAGGAGGAGCAAGCACGAGUACCGCAAAGAGGAAGACGACAGGGCUGAAUCAGCAUCCACGACCAGUACCAGCCUCUUCCCCUUCCGGCAUUCCCCACCCCCCUGUGAUGAGCAUCCAGGAAUUUAUCGAUGAGGAACAGCAGGAACAAAACAUCCCCAUUGACUCGGAUGAACUCGACGCGAAAGCGCUGCUGGAACAGUUUCGGCUGCGGGAGGAACAGCGCGCCCAGGAGGUCAUUCACGACAAGUUGAAGAACUUUUUUCGCGAACGAAAGGACGGGUCCGGGCAGACGCCGGCCCCGCACUACGCCAGUGGAGUGAAAGUGAAAACAACGAUUGAAACUACGUCGAAAAGAGGAUCAGCUACUGAAUCUGCUUCUUCCAGUAGCUGCGCGUCCGCGUCGUCAGCCGGAGCUGCUCCUGCGCCCGGCGAAGAGGGUCCCCGUGUGGUCUCGUCGUCAACAUCUAAGGGCCCCGUCUCAUCCCAGGAAGUCGUGGACGACCUAGUUCUUAGCCCCAGCACGAAUUCGAGCCACGAAAUUGUCGAGAACUACUUUAAGGGCCCGGGGAGUACAGAGUCCAGCAAUAAGUCUUUGAACAAAUCGAAUCCAGCCAAAGCCAGUCCGGAAUGGACGCCCAAGAUGAAAAAAGGACUCAACAGCGGGGCGAUAGUCGGGAGAAAACUGCCCAUCGGCGUGCAGCCGUAUGAGAGUCCGACGAAGGAGGUGCAUGGAGUUGGAAAUUCGAAAAGUAGUUCCUCUUCAUCGACCCCCUCGCACUCGCUGCAACUACUACACGCGCCGCCGAUAGUUCGGAUCAAUCCACCGCCGCGGACGAAAGCGGUUGGGUCGCCCGAAGCGAGGAGAUGGAAAACCAGAAACGGGCCAAGUAACACCACUGCUGCUGCUUCGAACACACUUCGUGCCUGCACGUCCCCGAGUUCUUCGAAGGGCACAAGUAACAGCUCGCCGUCCAGUGUCGGGAGUAAAAGCAAAAGGAGUAACAUGUUGAACACGGCGAAGGCGUCCUACAACAGCACUAGCAAUAAAGCCUCGAGCGGGGGCCACGACAAGGACAUCAGCAACUCUCGCCUGUCCAACCCCCGGAACAAAAACCCGCGAGCUAGUCCGACGAAGGAGAAAUUCUGCAUCGUGGCACCGAAAAAUGGCUACGGGGGAAGUCCGCCGCCGGGGUUCAAGAAAAAACGGUCUUCUGGAGGAUAUGGAGUUCUCAAAUGUUACAUUCUCAACAACUGUUACAUGAAUUUGUAAUUGCAAGAAUGGCAAAAGACAAAGAAGGGAGGCUACACCUGUAGCAUUACAAAUUCCGCACAGUUUCAGGCGCUGUUUAGCCUUUUCAACAUUUGUCAUGCGAAGUAGCUUCAUUGUGUGGAUGUUGAUGCUCAUUUUGCAUGGCAAAUCAUGUAACAGUUGAGAAUGUAACGCUUGAGAACACCUCCAUAGAGGAGGAAAUACUUCUUCGCGGCCCCCGUCGGAAUCCCCACCGAGAAAGACGCAGCCGGUGCCGAUGGCCGACACUAGUACACCCGCUGAAGAUCAUGAAAGUGAGGAGAGAACAAAGGCACCAGGCGAUAAUGUGCAGCCGGUAGUUAGUGCUGAAACUACUCCUCUUUCUCGGGAGCUGCAUCUAGAUCUAGAUGGACAUCAAGAACCAGACGCACCCAGCGGCGCUGUUGAGCAAGAUGAAAUCAGACAGGAACUACAACGACACGAGGGCGAAACACAAGACCAGCAGGAGACUGAUGUUGCAGUAGAGACGUCUCCUUCAGUAGAAGUAGCCGAUUCUGUCGCGACCUCCGUCGAAGCGAAGAUCAAGACAAAGCAGGAACACAUCACGGAAAAUCGCAUCGAGGACGAGGACGAUCUACACUUCGAGGACGCGAGUGAAUCCCUGUCUCCGGAACCCUCCACACCCGAAUCGGAUAGCAACAUCGUGCCGAAAAAAUUUACGCCGUCCGACGACUUGGCAGCUACUUUUUCGGCGAAGCCCCGCGUUCUAGAGCCGGAACUCGAGGAGGUGCAACAGAACAACAGUCGCGAAGGCUCAUCCGUUGCUUCAGACAUCAGUGCGGAAGAUUGCGCUGUGAUAGAAGAAGGAGGCGCAGCCGGUACUACUCAAGACGCGAAAGGAUUCCGAAGUGCUGACGCAGUCGGUCCGCAAGAGCAAGAGGAGAAGGGGAAACCUCUGGAGCCACACGACCCCGCAUGCAGUUCAUCUGAGGUUUCAGCACCGCUUUUUUCUGACGCUACAUCUGCUGCGGAAGAUGAAACCUCCGCACCGGCCUCUUCAUCCACAGUUCCAGUAGACGCACCAUCGAGCUCUGCUGGAGGUAAGCAAGCCCCAAGUGGUGCAAGCACCUCCGCGCAGUUGUCAUCUGUAACUGCACCGACGAGCACAUCAACAGACACUGCGGAUGAAACAAUCAGUACGGACCAACAGCCAGUAGAACAGCUUCCUGAUGAACUACAACAAAUCGAGGCUGAAGCCGAGCCGUACGACGGUCCGGGCCUUUCGAAGCGGUUGCAGGAGCAGAUGGCAAAUCCGGUGCUGAAAGAGGAAGAAACGCUUUUGCACUCCCUCCGCACGGAGGAAUCGCAAGCGAGGUCCGUCCAGAGCUACCGGGUCGCGAUCCCGAAGGGCAGCAAGCCGGGGACGCAGUGCGCCUUCAAGGGAAAACUGGGACGAAGAAUCGUGUUUACGGUACGUAGGAAUUUCAAUUUGUUGAUUGUUCUUUUUCUUCGUCUUUUUCUUUUACUUUUUGUUUUUCGUGCUUGUAGACUUAGAGUUAGAUUGCUGAUCGACCCACCGAUGUUGAUUCAUCUUGCAUGAACGUGCAAUGCGAAUGCGAUUUUGUCAAAAAUGAAUCGCAACCCACCUCCAGGUGCCUGAAGAUCCAGAUACGAAGUACGUUACGCUACAUGUUCCGCACCUCCAGAGGCCUUCUUCCGAAAUUCGCAGGGUAUGUUGUAAUUUUUGGUCAAUGCAAUAAACACCAGAUCUUUAUAUCGAUUCUGCAUGUCUAGGUUUUCCUUUGCGCUAUGCGUACGUGAUGCCAUCGUGCGUCAUGUUAUGCACCACGGUGUGACAGUCUAUCACAUUUCUUGCGUGCAAGAGCGUCGUGUAUAACAUUACGCUGCAUGUUGUUGCGGUUUUCGAUCUGUUUGGUUUUUAGCCGUGCGGCUUUCGUUGAUGAUCUUCUUUCUACACGAUGAUGCUCUUUAACUUUCAACAUCAAUCAUUUUGUUACUUCCAAAACAGAGCUGGUCGACCUUCCUCAAAUCUCCGAUGCGCAAGCAGGAUGAGGCAGCCACCGCGGUGAUUACGCAGCACCGGCAGGAUAUCUACUUACAGAUGCGUUCGAACUUCGGAGGUGGACCGGUGAAUCUACCGGUAGUACCGGAAGGCGAAACCGAGGGCAGCGAGCCCGACGCGGUGGAAGAAGCCGGGGGCUGAGAGGACUCGACGUUUUUGCAAAAUGCCGACCGUCGUCAAGAUGCUGAUUCCUUUUUCAAGUCGCCGAGCGAAUCUGGAACAAUUCGUGCGGCAAAAUAAAUGAUCAUGGUUGUUCUUGUAGUUAGGUACGACUACGACCUUCAUCCAGAUGUUGAAGCAGCAACAUGCAGAUGGACGGCAUCGUCCGGUAUCGCAGUUGUUGGCGCGACAAAUUACAACGUCAAACUCAUAAUCAAAAAUCAAGAGAAAACAAGAUUUCAUAAACCAGCCCUCUAAUAUCUGAAGACGAUAAUUAGAUUCACGCUUGCAUUUGCAAACUUGCAAAAGGUAUAAAGUUUGUUGAGAUUAGUUAAGAUUCACAAGCUGAGCAGCAGAAAAUAUUUUAAUCACCGAAGAAAGUCUAUGUCUAAGUUAAAGUCUGAGUCGCCUUCACAACUAUCACUUUUCGUUUUCUCCCAGAUGUAAGUAGACUGUUUUAUCUAGAUUCAGAGCCAUAAUUCCCCAUACUUUUACAACUUGAAAUUCGUACCACUUGCCACGACAGUUGAGUUUCAACUAUUUGGAAAAUCAUGCAACAAAAGUUUUUUGAUUAGCGCUCAACGCCCGAUAUUGUACAAUUUUCCGAGCGAAAAAUCGAGAAAACACGUUCACUACUUGUAAGUUUAAAUGUCACAAUCAAUGCCAUGUAAAAAACAAGCCCGAUAUUUUUAGCAGAAGCGCAUCUGCGGUCGUAAUAUCGCAAGAAACAUUUCAGCAUCUACCUGUGAAAAGGCUGUUGCAGGCCUUGUAUCUACUUUUUUGAAAAAAACAGAGAAGAGCACAGCGCUUCGUCUUGGGACUUUGAUGAAUAGCUCGAGCCGAUCCG